AUGUUUCUAAACAAAAAUCUCAAAAAUAAUAGAAUCAAAGUAUAUUUGCCAAGAAGGAAACUCUCUUCCCGAAGUACCGCAUAUUUGCAAACUAAUAAAAGACCCAAUCCUGAUAAGGUUUUGAGUGACAUUGCGAAAUAUGUCCAUGAGAGCCCAAUCACAUCACCUUUGGCUCUAGAUACAGCAAGGCUCUGCUUCCUUGACACGCUAGGCUGUGGUUUGGCCGCUUUGAAAUUUAAACAGGCUCAAAAUAUUAUUAAACCAACUGUUCUAGGCACAAUUGUUCCCAAUGGAACCAAAAUACUAGGUACUUCUUAUGUUAUGGAUCCAGUGAAGGGAGCUUUUGCCAUAGGUACUUUAAUACGUUGGUUAGAUUACAAUGACUGUUGGUUAGCUGCUGAAUGGGGACAUCCGUCAGAUAACCUUGGGGGAAUUUUAGCUGUCGCAGAUCACUUAACCAGAUUAAACAAAGCCAGUCACGGAAAAGAUGGGAAAGAGUUUCUUGUUAAAGAUGUAUUAGAGGCAAUGGUUAAAGCACAUGAAAUUCAAGGUAUAAUAGCUCUCGAAAAUUCUUUCAACAAAGUAGGCUUAGAUCAUGUAGUGCUGGUGAAAGUGGCAACUGCCGCUGUCGUCUCAAAGAUGCUGGGCUUAAAUCAAGAGCAGACAAUUGAAACACUAUCACAAGCUUUUGUGGACGGUCAAUCACUGCGUACUUAUCGCCAUGCCCCAAACACCGGAUCUAGGAAGUCGUGGGCGGCUGGGGAUGCAGUUUCCAGAGCCGUGAACCUAGCUUAUUUGGUCAAAAAUGCUGAUGUUGGUACCAUACCUUCAGUAUUAACGGCAAAAAAUUGGGGAUUUUACGACGUUGCGUUCGAAGGUAAACCAUUUACGUUUCGACAAAGGUCAGAAUAUGGUUCUUACGUAAUGGAAAAUAUCCUGUUUAAGAUAUCCUUUCCCGCUGAAUUUCAUGCACAAACUGCUGUUGAAGCUGCUGUUAAAGCAUAUAGCAUUCUUGGCAAACAAGGAAAAACUUUUAAAGAUAUCAAGUCCAUCAGAAUUAGAACUCAAGAGGCGGCAAUGAGGAUUAUAGAUAAGUCCGGGCCACUAUAUAAUUAUGCUGACAGGGACCACUGUAUCCAAUAUAUGAUUGCGAUUCCGUUAAUAACUGGUAAUCUCACGGCCAAUGAUUACUCAGAUCAGGUCGCAAACAACCCUGAGAUUGACAAUUUGAGAUCGAAAAUGUACUGCAUCGAAGAUACUCAACUCUCUCAGGACUAUCAUGAUCCUGCCAAAAGGUCAAUAGGCAACGCUAUUCUCAUAGAACUGAACGACGGGACAAAGCUGGAAGAAAUCUUUAUAGAGUAUCCUGUGGGCCACAAAUUUAGAAGAGAGGAAGGAAUCCCACUAUUGCUGGAAAAAUUUCAAAGACAUCUGUGCGAACAUUUCGUAGGCACUCCUGGUAAAGUCGACGCUAUAAUGAAUGCAAGUUCAAAAGAAAAAAUCUUGAAUACUCCAAUCGACAUAUAUAUGGAUUUGUUUGCUGAAAAGUAA